GCUGCUGCCGCGGCUGCGGAGCCUGCUCGGGUCCAGGCAAGGGCCAGCGCUGGGGGCCCAAUGCCUCGCCAGUGACUCCAGCGCCAUGACCCGCAAGAAGGCGGAGGAGCCGGACCCCAGCCUGCUGGGCGGCCUGGAGAGGAGCUGCUCCCGCCUGCUCGGUGGCUCCCCGGGUGCCCUCCAGAACGGGGGCCCCUACGCCAGCCUGGAUGGAGACGAAGACGACGACGACGACCCCAUCUACAUCCAGGACGCCGGCAGCUUCGAGCCCAGCACCCGGGGCAACUAUUUCCGAGAUGGAACGACUAAGAUCGACUUCGUGCUGGUCUGGGAGGAGAAGCUGCGCCCCCCAAAGAAGAGGAAGGCCAAGCAGCCCCCGUGCGAGGGGCGGCCGCGGGAUCGCCACGAGCAAUGGAAGAGGAAGUUCCUGAAAAACCUGCGCGGCGCCGGGCUGCUCAUGGAGAAGGAGGAGACGCUGAGCGAGCGCAAGACCAUCCACUACCUGAAGCUGAGCGUGCCCUGGGACGUGCUGGUGUACUACGCUGAGGAGCUGUGCUUGCGGGCGCCCCUCCAGGCCCAGCCCAACCCCGACUGCAACAGCUCAGACGAGGUUUUGCGCCGGCUGCGGGUCCCCAACCCCAUGUACCAGCAGGUGCCCAACAAGCCCUCGGACUUCUACACCUGCGCCUUCCGCAAGUCCAAGCUGGACAGGUUCUUGGGCAGCGACUCCCGGGACACCUACUUCACCCACACCCAGAGGCACCGCAUUGUGUACGAGAUCCUGGCACGCACCGUCUACGGGAAGCGGAAGCACGCCGAGGUCGGCAUCGAGCGGCUGCUGAACGAGGGCAUUUACACCGCGGCCUUCCCCCUGCACGAGGGCCCCUUCGAAAUGCCCGAGUAUGAGGUGCCGGGUGAGGAGCUGAACCCGCGCCAGGUCCUGUACCGCUUCUGGGCUCAGUGGCGCUGCUGGUACCAGUACCAGCCCCUGGACCACAUCCGCGAGUACUUCGGGGAGAAGAUUGCCAUCUACUUCGCCUGGCUGGGCUUCUACACCGCCUGGCUGCUGCCUGCCGCCACCAUGGGCACCUUCGUCUUCCUAGCAGGCCUGGUCACCAUGGGAACCAACACGCCAGCGCAGGAGAUCUGUGAGAGCGGAGGCCAGUUCCUCAUGUGCCCGCUUUGCGACACGUGCCAGACCUGGAACAUCUCUGAGAUUUGCCCCAUGGCGAAGGUGGGCUACCUCUUUGACCACCCGGGGACUGUGUUCUUCAGCGUCUUCAUGUCCUUCUGGGCCGUGACCUUCCUGGAGUACUGGAAGCGGACGAACGCCACGCUGGCGCAUCACUGGGACUGCAUGGACUUCCAGGAGGAGGAGGAGCGGCCCAGACCGGAGUUUGCCGCCAUGGCGCCGCAGAUGGAGCAGAACCCCGUCACGGGCGUGAAGGAGCCCUACUUCCCAGCGCGCGCCCGGCUCUCCCGCAUCCUGACCGGCUCCAUGGCCAUCGUCAUCAUGCUCUGCGUGGUGAUGAUCUUCCUGGUUUCGGUGAUCAUGUACCGUGGCAUCGUCAGCAUGAUGAUGUACCACACGGGCAACACCAUCCUGAUGACCCAGGCCGGGAACAUAGCGAAUAUCAGCAGCACCAUGGUGAACCUCGUGCUCAUCCUCCUCAUGAGCCAAGUCUACACCUCCCUGGCGGAGAAGCUCACGCGGUGGGAGAUGCACCGGACCCAGACCCUGCAUGAAGAUGCCUUCACCUUCAAGGUCUUCAUCUUCCAGUUUGUCAACUUCUACUCCUCGCCCUUCUACGUAGCCUUCUUUAAAGGCAGGUUCGUGGGGUACCCCGGGCAGUACGGCAAGCUACUCGGCAUGCGCAAUGAGGACUGCGGCCCCGGCGGCUGCCUCAUCGAGCUGGCGCAGCAGCUCUUCAUCAUCAUGGUGGGCAAGCAGAUCGUCAGCAACAUCCAGGAGUUCCUCAUCCCCAAGCUGAAAGCCUGGAGGCAGAAGCGGAAGCUGGCCAGGGUUCGGGGCUCGCAGAUCAGCCAGGAGCCAUGGCGCUGGGAGGAGGACUACGAGCUCAUUGAGUGCGAGGGGCUCUUCGAGGAGUACCUGGAGAUGGUGCUGCAGUUCGGGUUCAUCACCAUCUUCGUGGCGGCCUUCCCGCUGGCCCCGCUCUUCGCGCUGCUCAACAACUGGGUGGAGAUCCGGCUGGACGCCCAGAAGUUCGUGUGCGAGUACCGGCGCCCCGUGGCCUACCGUGCCCAGGACAUCGGCGUCUGGUUCUUCAUCCUCGAGGUCCUGGCUCAGAUCUCCGUCAUCAUCAACGCCUUCCUCAUCGCCUUCACCUCGGACUUCCUGCCCCGGCUGCUGUACCAGUACGAGCACGACAGCCAGCUCCACGGCUACAUCAACUUCACCCUGGCUUACGCCCCCCAGAGCUACGUCGCCAGCAAUCGCACCCUGUGCCGGUACAAAGCUUUCCGCGACACCAGUGGGAACUACACCCUCUUCUACUGGAAGCUGCUGGCCAUCCGCCUGGGCUUCAUCAUCGCCUUCGAGCACGUGGUCUUCUUCUGCCUGCGCCUCAUCGACUGGCUGGUGCCCGACGUCCCCGAGUCGCUGGAGGUGAAGAUCAAGCGUGAGCGGUACCUGGCCAAGCAGGCGCUGGCCGACAACCACGAUGUGCUGCUGACGGUGAGUCCCGACUCGCCCUCACCAGCAAGCAGCCUUUCACCCAGCAGCAUGACCUAGCUGCCAGGCCGGGGGCGGCUGCUGGAAGGGAAGGCGGAGACGGCUGUGAGCGGCCCCCCGCACGCCCCACCUCAUCGCCCGGCCUUGGAGACAGCGCGAGGAUCGGGCAGGGCCGCCGCGGUCCUGCCCACGCUCCACUGAGGGCCUGCUGCCUCCAUGGGCAGAGGCCAGAGACUGCUGCUCGGGCAGGGUGGACGUGGGGAGGCAGGGGCUGGAGCCAGCCCAGCGUGUCCCUCCGGAGCAGGAGCUCCCCACUUCACCCCGCUCUGUGUCUGGCUGCAGAGGGGGUUGAAGGACCCAGCUGUUCCCCUCCGGCCCCCCGGAGACCUACGCACGCAGCCGAGAGUCUGGACUCGGGUGGACUGAGCCCAGGGCCCUUCUCUGGCUCUUUCCCAGUUGCUGCCGCGCGAGCCAGAGGCAAGCGACUCCCCCUGCAAGAGCUGCAGCCACCUCGGAGCAUGUCGGGGGCUGCUCCAGGCCCCUCGCCAGAGCUGCCAGCCGGCGGUGAGAGCACGAGUGCAGAAGCCAGCGCCAUCGUCACUUGGAUCUCCUGCCCCCUCCAUCCUGACUGGGGACGCUCUCCCCCGACAUAACAUCCCCCUGCACCGCUGCCACCGCCGCUGCUUCUGGACCUGGUCUUUGCGCUUCACGCUCAGGACCCCGCGGGGGCCGUGCGCCGCCAAGCCGUGUGCUGUGUGUGUGGGCGUCCAAUACACUCGGCAUGAGCCCA